GUAUUUGGAAACGACUUGCUCUGGUUUCUUCUUGAAAAUGCCAUUACCUUCCAUUUCCAUCCUCCGUGCAAGAUGCCUCUCCUCCACCUGACCCUCCCCUCUCCAUUACCAUCUUCCUCCCUCCGCUUCAACCCCAAACGCAAUCCCACAACCCUUCAAUUCUCCCACUGUUCGAAACUUUCUUUUCCAUCCCAAUUCAAGCCGUUAAAUUCCACGAAAUUCUUCUUUAACCUCCAAAACUGGACACCCAGAAGCCAAAAUGAGAACCCACUUGCCCAAACCGCGCAAUCCCUUCUCAAAGUUAAGCCCUUUCUCCAAACCCAGCACCGAUCCAUCCUUCUUGGCUGGUUCUGUAGCUCCAUUUCUGUCCUCUCGCUCUCCCACAUCGUUCCCAGAAUUGGGUCCUUGUCUUCCAACUUAAACAAUAAUGUUUGCAUUGGUAAUUUGCGGGAUCAGGGAUUGUUGCUGGGUGUUUUGGUGCUGGCGAGGCUGGUUGCGGGUUACUGGCAGCAAGCUUUCUUGUGGGAUGCUGCGCUAAGUGCGGUAUAUCAAAUGAGGGUUUUCGUUUUUGAAAAGGUUUUGGAGAGGGAGUUGGCUUUUUUUGAAGGGGACAGCGGGGUAUCCUCUGGGGAUAUCGCGUAUAGGAUUUCUGCCGAGGCCUCGGAUGUUGCUGAUACAGUUUAUUCACUUUUAAACACUAUAGUGCCUAGUACACUGCAAUUAUCAGCAAUGGCGAGGCAGAUGUUGGUUAUCAGUCCUACCCUUUCGUUUAUUUCUGCAAUAGUGAUUCUAUGUAUGACUCUAGUCAUAGCCUUUUUUGGUGAAAGGCUUCGAAAGAUAUCAAAGAAGGCACGUCUAAGCAUUGCAAGCCUUGCAGCUUACCUUAAUGAGGUCUUCCCAGCCAUUCUCUUUGUGAAAGCAAGCAAUGCUGAGUCAUCUGAAUAUGCAAGAUUUCAACGGCUUGCAUAUGCAGAUCUAUCUGCACAUUUGGGAAAGAAGAAAAUGAAGGCACUCAUCCCACAGAUUGUACAGAUGAUCUAUUUUGGGUCAUUGUUUGUAAUUUGUAUUGGAUCCCUAGUGUUUUCACGUGGUUCUAUUGAUGGCUGUAGCUUGGUUUCUUUUGUAACAUCGUUGGUUUUCUUGAUUGAACCAAUCCAGGUAAUAUUAUUUAUGUGCCCAGAAGAGCUGUGCAUACUAUUUCUAAUUUUGUUUGCCAUUAGCUUAUUUUCAGUUUGUUGAAUUUAUAAGCUCUUGUUUUCAUAUUCUGCAAUGAUGGUUUAUCUUUGAAACAUGGAAUAUGCUUUCAGGAGUUUAUGCCCUCUGCUUUAUAAUUUACUGCUACUUGAUAAGUUGUAUGAAGUAUUUUGCUAAAUAUAUCACUCAUUACUUG